AAGGGAAUUGGGCUGCUCGAGGUAAACACACUAUUAUUCUUAUUUGUUGAUUUAUUAGGGAGCCUUAGAUUUUCGUGGACUAGAACGACUACGAGUACAGGAUUUCCUCCAUAACGUUAAAGUUUUGCGCGCGCGUGUAAACCAGCGCCAUUUUGGCGGGAAAAAGUGAUAGCUGUCGUCAUUUUACUACUGGAUUUAGCGAGAAUGUCGUAGUGGCGGGAACAAGUUAUCAAAUGUAAGAAGUUUUAUCAUUUUGCUAUCGGGAGAGGGCUUAACCUCCUUUAGUAUAAAUAACCGUACUAACUUUUUUGGUGAAAAAAAGUAAAAUCAAACUUUCCGGGCUACCAUUUUUUUUUGAGAACAUGCGCUAAAAACUUUUAAGUUAAAUCUCGUACUUGUACGCAUUCUUGUCCUCAAAUCUUAAGCUCUCUAUUAAUUUAUUUUUAACAGACAAUUUUACAGUUAUGGACUGAGUAUCCCAGCUUUUGAGUGAAUGUGAAGCUGAGGUUGAACUUGUUUUGAUUCAAACCUUCUUCGUUUUAUUAUGGACGUUAUGCUUGAAAAAUACUACAAGUUAGCAUAAGAACAACAUGAUUUAUAUAGGAAAGAAGGAGGGAUUGUAUUAAAACAAGGUCAACUACAGCCAUAGUCUCCCUCGCAGCGUUGCGUGACAUCCAAAAAACGGCUGCGAGGGAGACUACUACAGCCAGGGGUCAAUUUAAUAAAACUUUAACACGUUUAAUUUACAAGUGUAGCUAUUGUUUUCAGACUCUAAAACAAUGGCUGCACUUGUAAAUUACACGGUUAAGAGUUUUAUUAAGGGCCUGUUUACAUGGAGGUGGGGAACCCCAGGUAGGUUAGGUAACCUGCUUAUGUGGGGUAAAAAAAUAACCCUCCUUUACAUGCAACGUUACAACCCCGCCAUCCUGGGGUGCACCUUCUCAAAAUUAUUGAGUGGUCGCCAAGCACGCAAACAAGAAAAAUGCUGACAAACCACGUGUUUUGGCGAUUAAUGCACUUCUACACUCCCUUGUUGCUUAUGCUGAAACCUUCAGUGCUGUGGCUUUCUAUUGUUAACUUUGAUAAUAAUGCAAAGCAACCGCCAAAGUGAAUUUUGCGCGAAUUUGAUGUAUCACGAAUCCGACCCCGGCCAGGCGGGUUACCCCACCUUGAAACGUUUACAUGGCAAAAUUUGACCCCGGCUGAGAGGGUAGCCCGGUCUACCCCACCUAUCAUGUAAACGCGAUCAAAUUAAAAUGAGAGAUUAUAUGGACAGGCGGGUUACCCCACCUAAGCGAGUUACCUCACCUACCUGGGGUCCUCCACCUCCAUGUAAACAGGCCCUAAAUUGACCCCUGGUUUCCAUCUACAACAACGGGCUAUUGGACACUAAACACUUUGCUGGAAAUUCAUUAAACCUCGCUGUAACGGCGGCCGUCGGUCAACAUUCGCGGGUAACAUUACACUGUUACCCUCUGAUGUCAUAGAUUUUGCAAUGUUGCCCGCUCAGAGAUUUUGGCGGGAAAAGGUUUCAUUGUUAAAUGUCAUGUGACCUCGAAGUAAACAAUGAGAGCGCGCGCUGUUGGGAAAAAAUUUCCAGCUAUAUAACAAUAUUGGUUAUUGAGUUAAAUUACUGCAGGCUCAUGAUCAGCGAUGGCUGGUACACACUUCGCCAGCGUAUCGAAAUUUAAAGGAUAUGUUGUCGCCUAAGGAAUUCUUUCUUUCUUGUCUUCGUUCCUGCAAUUUCAAGAAAAAUGGUUGUCAUUUGUAAAAAAAUUUUCUUGUUUUUUUCAAGGUGGACGUCCGCUAUAACCUUCCUUCAGCCAAAGGUGAAGUCUGCAAGUUUGAAAUAACGAAACCGGAAAUUAAAGAAAUCAAAGAGAAAAAUCCUAGGAAACUGUUUGACCCUGUAGGGGACCAAGCUGCUGAUGAUGGGGAUGACGCUGAUGACAAGCCAAAAAAGAAAAAGAACAAGAAAUCAGAUAAAAAGAGGAACAAAAAGAAGUGUAGAGGAAAGAACAAGAACAAGAAAAGGUGUAAAAAUAACAAGCCUAAAAAGCCUAAGCCAACAAGAAAGCCACCGACAAGAAAACCACCCAAACAUCAACCCGUGAAGAGCAUUCACUUGAAAUUUUGCACUCGGUAAGGACUCCUUCAUAUGAUAACCUCUCUUAUCCGAAAGUAUUGACCCUCGUUAGUAAUGGAGAGUAAGGAAUUGCGUAGUAGUGAGGGCGCUCGCCUCUCACUAAUAUGGCUUGAGCUCAAAUCCCGACAGAGACGCCAUAUUUGGGUUGAGUUUGUUGUUGGUCCCCUCCUUUGGUCCGAGAUGUUUUUCUCUGGGUACUCCGAUUCUCCCUUCCCCUCAAAAACCAACUUUUCGAAAUUCCAAUUGGACCAUUGGAUGUUCUACCUUUAAAUCGUUAUUAUGAUAAUAAUAUUAAUAAUUAUUAUUAUCACUAUCAUUAUCGUUAUCAGUAUCAUUAUCAGUUUAAUCAUCAUCAUUAUUAUUAUUAUUACUAUCAUUAUCAUUAUCAUUGUUAUUGUUAUUACAGUUGACUCCCGAUAACUCGAACCCUCGCUAACUCGAACCUCUCGCUAACUCGAACCAAAAUCGAUUUCCCCUGGAUUUCCGUCAUACAGUUACUGUAAUUUUACCCUCGGUAACUCGAACCCUCGAUAACUCGAAACUCCCGCUAACUCGAAGUAUUUUUGUUUCCCCUCAGAUCAUUUCUAUAUAAUUUUACCCUCGAUAACUCGAACCAUGUUUUGAGCCCUUAAAAAGUCGGGAAGAAACAGUGUACUGCCUCCGAAACAUUGAAUUUUGAAUUUCCCAUUGACGUGUUGUAGGCAUAUAGUUUACUAGUGGAUCGAUAGUGGAGGCUGAUGAUGUUUGCCACAAAUCUAACGUGAAAUGGCUUUACUUCUCAAAAAGUAAAAUGCAUGCUCUAUUUAGGCAACGUUUUGUUACUUUACGUUCUGAUUUAUAAUCUAACAGUAUCUUUUAAUUUUCACUCAACAUUUUUACUAUUAAAUGUGAUUAGAGUACUCACUGUGCAGUAAAAACUGUUUUUUUCCUUACUCCCGGCUAUUUUCUUCGAGCCCCCGAUAACUCGAACUCCCGAUAACUCGAACCUUUUUCGAUUUCCCUUGAAGGUUCGAGUUAUCGGGAAUCGACUGUAUAUAGAGGAUAUUACACGGUGGCGCGAAGAUAUCAAUUGUAUUUUCGAGUGGCAAAACAAUAUGUUACGAACGAGCGCAGCGAGUGAGUAAAAUAUUGUUUUUGCAACUCGAAAAUAAUAUUCAUAUCUUCAAGCCGCCGAGUAAUGUUCUUUUUAUUAUAUAGACAAAAAGACAUCGAUAAAAUAAUAGAGGGAAAUUACCGAAAUUACGUCGUCGAUAAACUCACGUGUGAGAUUAUGGAAAAUAAACCACUCGGGUCCCGGAUGUAGUUUCUAUGAAUUUCACGAGUGGUAUAUUUUCCAGUAAAACACUCGUGUCUAUAUAAUAGUAUACAUUAUGGGAUUAGCAGCUUUUAGGGAUCGCUUCUUUCGGAAGGUCGUUGAUUUCGGGGGUAAAAAAAACUUUACCAGUAGCCACAAGGUCAAUCACAAUUUAUUUCUGUUAAUGUAUCGCAGAACAAAUGUAAGUGACGCUUAUCUUAAAGGUUUCCCAAGAGAAUUACCCUGUAUGUCGUAAUUUCCUUGUCCCAACAUCUUUAGUGUCUUGAUGGUCCGUAUUGUCGCCUCCGUUUAUUCGCACCUGCAUCCAGUUCAAAUUAACCCUUUCACUGCCAGAGUGGAUGAUGGAGUUUGUGACGUGGUUGUAACAUUUACGUCUGUGGACAAAAUCUUAUGGUGCGACCAUUCAAAUGAAAUCUCUUUGGAAGUACUUUCAUGUGGUGUUAUUUGUUUUAAAAAAUGUUACAAAAUGAAAUUUGGGAUUUUUGUCGAAUUUACCUUUGGUCAUAUUUGGCAGUGAAAGGGUUAAGGCAUCAGAGUGUGAUAACAGCAAUAUUGAUCCUAAAAUCUUAUCUUCUCUAGGCUCGACUGUCUCCGAAUCUUCCCGCCUUCAGGAAAAGAGGCUCUGACUUUUUUAGCAGACCAGCAGCUAAUAGUUAUUUAUUUAUUUUGUAGAUAUAUGGAGAGAGGAAAUACAAGCAUGUCUAUAAUUGAUAUUGGCAUUUUAACAGGCUUCAAACCAGAACAAAAGUCUCUGCAAAAGGUAACUGUAACGAUGAUAGCAACCCUUUCACCCAAAGACAAAGUUCUUUAAAUUUUCAAAAUUUCAUUUUUUUGCCAAAUGCCGAAAAAUUAAUUGCACCGGAUGAACGUUUUGCUAAAGAGAAUAGACCUUUUUACUGAUACGGCAGCCAUAUUGAAAUAAUUAGAUUUAAGAAGUAUUAUAGGAUGCCCAGGGGCAGGAGCACGAUCCGAUAUACUCGCUCCGUAUUUACGCGCGCUUUUCGUGCCAAUUUUUCUUUAAGUUUUCCUAGAAAUAAUGAUCGCCUUUUUCCCGAGAAAUGAACAGUGAGGUUUUCUUUUUGCCCCAAAAGCGAGCGUAAAUACUGAGCGAAUGCCCCCUGUGCAUACCAUAAUACUCCUUAAAUCCAAUAAAUUCAAUAUGGCCGCCGUAUCGGUAAAAAGAUCUAUUAAUUUAAACGGUCACGCCUUUCAAGACUGCAUCAUUUAUAGUUUAAAACGAGCUUUCGUAAAAUUCUGUUAGUAUUUCCGCGGCCGUCGUGAAAAUUUGCUUCACUGCGAAUUUCUCUAUUCUGAUUGGCUGACGUACUUGUUAUGUAUCAGCUCGUAGAUAGCGGGCCAAUCAGAAGCGAUAAUAAUGUUAGAAGUCAAUUAGAAAACUGAUAAGCAGUCAAAAGUUCGCGCCGUUUUCUCUUCUUGACUGCGGCUCGUUGAUCUCUCUAUUAUUUAGGUACGUGCAAUUCUUCCCAGCUACAAAACAAUGAUUUUAAACUUUUGACUGGAUAACUUGACUACCGAAGAAGCAAACUCUAAGUAUUUUUUUCAACACAUUGCAGAAGACUUAACUUUCUCACUCCCAAUGCACCUCGAUUUUUUUCUCUCCCUCCCCGCCUCCCGCCCCUCCAUUACCCAACGCUCUGCAUUGAUUCGUGUCCAGGUCCCCCGUCCCGUCCGCAUCGAAUAAAGGCACAAGGUAACAGAGAGCCGUGAGCAGGCAAUGCUGAAUUAUUGUACUAAACAGCUAUCGUUUCUCAUCUUUUCUUACGGGAACUAAUCGGUACGUGUUUGUUAUUUUUAUCUCACAGUUGGAGGAUGAUUUGCCAGAACUGGACAAGUAUGAAGUGUCAGACAGAUCACUCGUUUUAUACCUAAGUGAGGUACGUUUCUCGUCAAAAAGUAACAAUUGUUGGUUCUAAAUAUGUGUAGCAUGUAUGUUCUUCCUACCAAACGUUUUUUUUAAUGAUACCCGGAAGUUAACCUUAUGUCUGACUUGGAAUAAGGGGUACAGCUGUAUGCCUUUUCCACCAUCAUGGGCAGACAACGCUAUUAACUGGAUCAUUAUCCAUCCAGUGAAUAGCGCAACUGGUUUUCCUAACACUUAUGUUCUGAAUAGUGAUUUAUCCAGUGGGUAGUAGCACUAUCCGUAGUUUCAACAACCGGGGCCUGGAGAAUUCCAACUGAGCCAUCUUGCAUUGAUAUAAAAUAGUAAUAGUGACUUAAUGAUUAUACAUUCGAGUAUCAGUCCUAUAAACGUGCUGUUAAUAUAUUUCAGAUUCCAAAUGACCGACACCUGUGCGUGAAUGUUCAGUUUGACCGGGAAUAUCCCGUGGGUGUGGUUCAGGUGGUUCCUAUUAUUGUCUACGACUACUACGAACCAGGUAGAAUAAAUAGUUUCACUCUGCGAAAUACUGAGGAACUAACCACAGAUGAAACCUAAAGGAUUUGUCAGGGGAUUUCAUUUACGUGAUUACCCUAAAGGAUUUUUGUAGGAAAUAGUUGACUGACUCACACGUACAUCGCCCCUUUAGAAAUGAGGAGGAAAUUUGGCCGGGUUAACUUUCGAAAAAACCUCUGGACUGUUGCUUGGGACUGGUGGAAAAAUGGCCAAUAGCUGACCAGCGGGUUCCCAGUAACUAUCCCAGAGACAAUUGCGGGACCAAUUUCGGCUACAGUUCUCUUCUUGGCAAAAGUGAGAGCUACGCAUUAUACAAACUGGCUUAGGAAUUAAGGGAUAACAAAGUGUCAAACAUUGGUUUUUAUAUAUGGUUCCAUGACAGCUGUACUCUGUCAGUGUUUCAUUUUUUGAGAAGCUGUUCUCAACCAAGCUUAUUCUCUCGGUUAAUAAGCAAAGUAUUUAAAAAAAGUUGUCUCUAAACAGCGGUAUCAGACUUAGCCCUGAAAAAAAAAGGCCCACUUAACAAACCGCACGCUGGGGAUUUUUGAGGCAAGAUCAGGCCACUUCUUUCCCGCGAGGUCAAGGGUCAGCGGUGUCAUUAGUAGGCUUUCUCAAAAUUAAAAUGGCGGAUGCAAGUGUAAACAAAUUUGAAACGACUGUCCUCUCUGCCCGCGGCCAGGUGGUACGGUAGAUAGCUGAAUUUAGUGCGCGUAAGUGGUUUGUCGGUGAAACCGUGAGGAGAAUGGGGAUGAAUCGCUCGCAUACAAUUUCCUCCAUUCCUUGUAAAGUUUCCUUGAAACUUUCCCUCUAAAAAACAGUCCUGUACUAAGAACCUCACAGCUUAUGUAACUGUGAGCUAUUCGUCAUUUGAACAGUUGUAUUUGUUUUUUUGCAGAUGAGUCGUGUAGCGUGUUCUACGGGCCAGAUAAGCACAGCCCACUGAAAUUGGGCGUUUGCGACAUUGGCGCGAGAUCCUGUAAAUGUACUCAAGGUAAUGUGGGAAAAUAGUUGGUUUAAUCUGAUGUUAUCACAAUUCUAAAUAAAAAUUUGCAUUCCGUAGCCAUUUUUGAAGUGCUCGGUAUACCUCCAACAUAUGUACAGUUGAUUCCCGAUAACUCAAACGCUCGCUAACUCGAACCAAAAUAGAUUUGCCGGGGAUUUCCUUCAUGCAUUCACUGUAAUUUUACCCUCGGUAACUCGAACCCUCGAUAACUUGAACCUUCCGCUAACUCGAAGUAAUUCUUGUUUUCUCUCAGAUCAUUUCUAUAUGAUUUUACAUUCGAUAACUCGAACCUUGUUUGAGCCCUUAAAAAGUCGAGGAAAAAAAGUGCACUGGCGUCCGAGACAUUAGAUUUUGAAGUUCCGUUGACGUGUUGUAGACAUAGUUUACUAGUGGAGGCUGAUGUUGUUUGUCUCAAUUCUAACGUGAAACAACUUUACUUCUCAAAACAGUAAAACGCGUGCUCGAAUUAGGCUAUGUUUUGUUACUUUACUUUCUGAUUUAUAAUCUAAAAGUAUCUUUCAAUUUCCACCUAACAUUUCUACAACAAAAUGUGAUUGAAGUGUUUACUGUACAGUAAAACUGUGUUUUACCUUACUUUCCGCUAUUUCCUUCUAGUAUCUGAUAACUCAAACUUUUUUCGAUUUCCCUUGAAGGUUCGAGUUAUCGGGAGUCGACUGUAUAAGGCGUUGUGCAAUGUUUUGGUUUUUAGUUUUUGUACAAUAUGCUCCCCAUAACUUAGUUAUAACAGGUCUUCGACCUUCAGCUUUAAGCUCACCCUAUAUUUUUCUUUGGUCGUUCAAUCCAUUAUGUUUGUUGUAAAACUAAUGUUUUCAUCACUACCCGCCCUGGCCAUCAUCCACUGACUAAUGACGGGAAAGCAUUUUUAAGUGAUAUGUUAUUGGCCGUUUUUAUGCUAGAGAUGUUACAGUCGUCUGAGACAGACCGCUUUAAUGUCUAGUGUAAAAACGACAAAAAAUAAGACAGACGACAUAAACGUCUUCCUUUAAGUUCGUCGUUCAGACGCACUUAACAGACGACUUUAUCGUCUUAGACAAUAAAUGCGAGUAUAAAAACGGGACGCAAUAAACUGGGACACAUUUGUCCCCAGCUCUUUCAGAGACGACUGGGAAGAGUCAGUGUUGGAAGUCUUUUUAAGACUGUUUUGUUUUUCAAUGUUAUCUUUUACUUUUAUGCGUCCCGUUUUUACAGCAGUCGACUGUACUGUCUUAGACGUUAAAUACGUCUAGACGACUUUGACCAGUGUUUAACGUCCCUAGCAUAAAAAUGGCCGGUAGUGAAUGUUUUAUGUAAUUGUUUUUAACCUCUGUUUUGCAGACGAAUGCGCUCAACACGAUCCUCCUAUCGGCAACAUCCCCAAGCUGAUCAACAUGGCUUGUUUAAGUUACAAUUACGGUAAGAUAGCCUAAGCAUACAGUGCUACUACAGUGAUUGCAUGGGCCGAGUUAAGCAAAACCAACAGGUCAAAGGGAGCAAGCCACAAGAACUUGAACUAAAGACGUUUGAGACAAAAUUGGCUUUGUAAUUUUCUUCUAGUUUCGAGAAUGACAGGGAAAUUCUCGCGUGCGAUGGUUUAUUUCGGGGAAUAUGGCGCUUGAAAUUCGAAAUUCAAAGUGAACAAUUUUCCACUCACUUGAACGCUUCAAGUCGCUGAUCACGUUAUACUGAAUACGUCACAGGUGUGGAACAACAAAAGAACCUAAAAAAUGGCUGACAGUAGUUUAAGUGAAAGCUUUACUCCUCCGGGGUUUGCCCUUCUUUUAAAAUCACUAUAGAAUUUCUAUUUCAGUGUGCUUAUGGAGGUCAAUAUUCCCUCUCAACUUACUACAAUGCAUGUUCUUUAUAUUCUUAUGACAGUGAUAAAAGGGAAAGUUGUGCUGAUCGACGAGCAGAAUGCCAUGCUUGAAUACGUGGUUCAAGUUGUGAAAAUCAUUAAGCAAGGCAACAAGAUGUUAAAGGAUGGAGACUUAAUUGGGCUCUGGAAGCGCGGAGCCUGCCAGAGUCCCGACCUUAAGGAAAACAAAGAAUAUUUGUUUAUGGGGCGUGACGAGGGGGAGAGGUAUGAGCUGGACAAGACCUCGUUCGUGAAAUUGUGGCCUCUAAAGAAAGGCAACAAGGAUAAAACCACCUUGGAUGACUUUGCUGCACAGUUAGCCUGCUGA